ACAGAAGUGUGACGCCUGUCUGGAUGUCAUUUGGAGGCGGGAGAGUCCAAAAUAACCCUGGCAAGUCUUUCUUACUGUGCACUUGCAGCUGUCAAUCACAGGCCAAAACAAGAUGGCAGGCUGCUGGAGCUGGUUCCUCCUUCUAACAGCAGUUGUGAGUUCGGCUCAUGCAGAGAUCAAAUUCGACAUCCCGGCAGGGAAGUUUUUCUCCUAUGAGUUGAUGAGGGAGACAUUCCAGAGUGACUUUGAGCCACUGUCCCAACUCUACUUGGGGCGCCUUUACGAUGACCCGAUGGUGUUUAAAUGCAACAAGCAGUACUUCCCAGAUCUCCCUGAGUGGCUGCACUUCACCCAGAGACAUCCCUACGACAACGGCUUUCUUUAUGGGACACCAAUGUCUCCAGGGAAAAGCGUCAUUGAGGUUUAUGCUGUCAACAAGCGAAGCUAUGAAACCACCAGGCAAAUUCUCGUCCUUAACGUGUAUGCAGCCAAGACCCCACCUUAUCAGGCGGAAUUUUUCAUCAAGCUACGUGAGAUCGAGAAAGUGCUGCCCCCUCCUGUCCAGGGUGAAAUCAAGCAAGACCUACAGAAGCUGUGGGACACUGAGGCCUUGGACAUUGUCAACAUCUCCAACGCUCUAGACCGUGGUGGUCGUGUGCCUCUCCCGCUGGCGGGACACUUCGAAGGAGUGUACGUGAAGGUGGGAUCGGAGCAGAACUUCUCCUCAUGCCUUCUGCGGACACAGACGGCAGCGCAUCGGCAACAGUGCGCAGCGGGUGCUAAGGUCAAGGUGCCUGGGGGAUGCAACUUCUGCAGAAUCCCCAGCAACUGCAUCAGUUGGUGCAGCACCGAGCUGUUCGAUCUGUCCCAGCAAGAACCAAGCCCACCCACCCCUACCUUGGGGUCCGGUGUGCUGGAGGCCGGUGUGGACUUUGAGCCCCCCGAGUCCCCAGAGGACCGCGACUUUUUGCCGGACUACCUCGUGACGGUCAUCGUGCCACUUGCGCUGGCCCUCAUCUUAUUCCUGCUGCUCGCUUACAUCAUGUUUGGACGUCGCGAGGGCGUUGACAAGAGGAACGCAAAGACAAACCAAAUCCAACUGUACCACCACCACACCAUUUUGGACAACACUGACGAGCUGAGGAAUAUGGCGGACCACCGAAGCGCCCCUCCGCCGCUCUCUACACUACCCAUGUUUGACAGCCGCACAGGGGCCCGGGCGACACCCUCUGACAGCCCCCGUAUGCCCCUCAUCAUGGCUCAGCACGACCCUCAUGUCGACCCAUUGCCAAGGAAGUAAGAGCGCUGACAGAGCCGUGUUCCAAGAGGGCAGAAUGUGUUGUUAGCAUUUGUGAGUGUUUUUUUCUUAACUUUAGGCUUCCCUUUUGCCUUUGUUUUUGAUUAUAUUUUCAGUAUUUUAGUACUAAUAUACAUUUUGAAAACUUUGUUGUGGCAAUUUGGACUUUCACGAAAAAUAAAAAAGUUAGUUGAGGUAAUUUAUAUUUACACAUAAUGUUCAUAGACUGGCUGUGAUUGCUCAUUUUAAAGUAGAGGUCGACCGAUAUGGGAUUUUCAAAUAAUAUUUUCUGCCGAUUGCCGAUUUUGUAAGCUGAUAUUUGAGGCAGGUCUACUUUUUUUUUUUUUUUUUUUUUUAAGCACAUAGAUUAUGAAAGGGAUUCUUUAAAAAAAUGCUUCAACAACUUCAAAUUUACAAUGACGACCUGGGACUAAAAGGUUUCAUUCGGUCUUCUGCAACCAAACCAACGAACGCAGCACUUCUUUUUAUGAUUAUACGCACUCAGCAAGAACAGUACUUUUUUUUUCUUCAAAUAAUUAAACCCACCAGGACAUCACGAUGAGAUGUAAAAAAGUGAGGGUUUAAGCGGAUGCUCGCCAUGCUAAUGCUAAUGCUAACAUAAAUGGUGUUAUACUUAUAAAGCGCUUUUCCACCUUUCAAGGCGCUCAAAGCGCUUUACACUAUCUCGCCAUCCACCUACUGGUGAUGCAGCACCAGGAGCAACGUGGGGUUCAGUAUCUUGCUCAAGGACACUACUACGCUAACGAUAAAAGUUACAUUUAGAGUGCAUUGAUCACUCAGAAAGCACAUUAAAAGGCUAAAGCAUCAUUGCAUAUUCAAUCAUGCAAGAUAAAAACAGUUUACAAAACAGGCAGCCUGAAGCUUCCUGUAGCAGCCUGCCUUCAAGCUGCUUCAGGGUCCUUCCGUGGUCCUACCAUCAGUCAGCGGCGGCACCAAUGGCCCACACAGAUGCCUGAUCAAAAUCCAAAUUUUUUAUAAGCUUUUUUUUUGUGUGUGUGUCUAUCGGCCAAUGUUAGAACAAAAAUUCCAUAUAUCAGUCUACCUCUAUUUUAAAGUGCCAUUGACGGUGUUAGACACCCAAUCCAUUUAGACCCUCCCAUUCAAAAUGGAUUGAACGUCUAGCUCUGUCAAUGGCAACCAAUGAGUUAACAACGAAGGGACCCGAAAAAUGCCUCAACAGGUGUAAUAAGAAGUGACCGAUGGGAGAGCAAAACCCAAUUGCAUUUUCAAGUAGUAACUACUGUAUGUAUAAAUCCAUAAUUUCAAACUUUGUCUUUUUCCUAAUUUUAUCAAAUCCAAAUAUUUUGAAAGGCCUUAGCCUGGUACUAGCUCUAAUGGUUAACAAAAAUAAAUGUAAGAUAUAAUGCAGAAUGAUAUUUCAAUGUUUUUUUUUUUGUAUUGCUGUUAAAUAAGUGUAAUCCAAAUUUGAAUGGGUGUUAGUAGAGUUAUCCGAUAAGGACUUUUUAACUUAUAUCCUGGUAUUGUUACUCCAAAAAUCUGAUAACGAUAUCAAACCAAUACAGAUACACGAGGUCGUUGACAUAAUGUUACAAUUGCUAAUUGUAUUGUGAUUCCCCACUGGAUGCUUUAAUAAUGAUAAAUGUAACAACUUCAUUGUUUUCCAAAUAAACAUUCUGUGAAAAAUUACAUAACUUCAACUGAAGUUAUGGGAAAAAUGCCUAUAUUGCAACACUAUAUUUAGUUUAUACUUCCUUAUUUUUCAUUCAUUUAUUGUUCAUUUAAUUUUUGCACGAUGGUCUGCUCACAUAACAAAUCCUAAGCAUCUUACUUUGAUAAUGGUCAAUCAGCAUGACUGCUUUGCUAAGCUGUGACCAGCCCUUGUAAAAAGGCAGAAGGCUUCUACAAUUACUUUGAAGGGAACAUGCA